ACCAUGGUUCAUUUCACAGCUGAGGAUGAAGCUGCUAUCUCAAGUGUAUGGAGAAAGGUGAAUGUGGAAGAGGCUGGAGGAGAAACUCUGGGAAGGCUCCUUGUGGUCUACCCUUGGACCCAGAGGUUCUUUGACAACUUUGGAAAUCUGUCCUCUGCCUCUGCCAUCAUGGGCAACCCCAAGGUCAAGGCCCAUGGUAAGAAGGUGUUGAGUUCUUUGGGACAAGCUCUAAAGAACAUAGAUGAUCUGAAGAGCAUCUUUGCCCAGCUAAGUGAGCUGCGCUGUGACAAGCUGCAUGUGGACCCUGAAAACUUCAAGCUCUUGGGAAAUGUACUACUGAUUGUCCUGGCAAAACAUGCUGGUGAGGAAUUCAAUCCCGAGGUACAGGCAGCCUGGCAGAAGCUGAUGGCUGGAGUGGCCAAUGCCCUGGCCUACAAGUAUCAUUGA